AUGCUCCAUUUCAUGUUUUUCAAUUAAUAAAUUAUUUCUUUUCUAUCUAAAUUCAUUUAAAGUCAAAAAUAUGAUUAAUUAAAGUUGGACCUGAUUUUUUAUCUUUUGCAUUUCUCUAUUGAAUGUGUUGAUUUUUUUGGAUGA